GCUCAGCUCCCAAUUCACUUCCUCAUCUGCUACCUCCCCUGUAUGUGCAGCUAACAUGGCGACAUGACGUGCCAUGCAGGCAUUAAUUAACAUGAGAUUCAGCCUGGUGUGCUGCAUUGCAGGGCUGUGUUCUAUAACCGAACCUCUCCCAGUAUCCUGCCAGGAGCAGUCCUCACACAGCCUGCACAAUGAUGGACACAGCACAGCAGCCAGCACCAGAGACACAGUCAGACAGCUACCUCUCUGCAUCAACAACACCAACCACAACACCACUUUUCUGGAAUUCAUGGAGAGCUAUCACAGGAAGUACCUCCCGGGGAGCCUGCUAUUCCAGGACAGAUUCAAAGUAUUCAUGAAAAGUUUAGAGAGGCAAAAGCAACUGAACACAUUUUCUUACUCUUCAAAUGAAAUCAGUGCAGCAUAUUAUGGCGUAAAUCAAUUUUCCGAUUUAUCUGUUGAAGAGUUCACUAAUACAUAUUUGAAAAGCCAUUCCACUGGGAAUUACAUAAAGUCUGCCAAAUCUUCUUCAUCAGAAAGCUCUCUACCAUUGCGGUUUGACUGGAGAGACAAGAAGGUUAUUAUGGAAGUGAAAAAUCAAUUGAAUUGCGGAGGCUGUUGGGCUUUUAGUGUCGUUGGGGCCGUGCAGUCUGCUUAUGCAAUCCAAGGUCAUCAGCCUGAGGAUCUCAGUGUACAGCAGGUCAUUGACUGUUCUUACAUGGAUGGAGGCUGCAACGGUGGAUCCACUGUCAGUGCGUUAAAGUGGUUAAAUCAGACGCAAACAAAGUUAGUAAGAGCGUCUGAAUACCCUUUCAAAGCACAUAGUGGGAUAUGUCAUUAUUUUCCUCCAACGGAGUUUGGUGUUUCAAUUAAGGGAUAUAAAGCAUAUGAUUUCAGUUGCUGUGAAGAAGAAAUGAUGAAGACUCUUAUUAAUUACGGUCCACUCACAGCAAUAGUUGAUGCUGUCAGUUGGCAGGAUUACCUUGGUGGUGUUAUACAGCAUCACUGUUCCAGUGGACAUGCAAAUCAUGCAGUACUAAUCAUUGGUUAUGAUAAAACAGGUGACAUCCCUUAUUGGAUAGUGCAAAACUCUUGGGGUACCACAUGGGGUGCAAAGGGAUAUGUGUAUAUCAAGAUGGGUGAAGAUAUGUGUGGAAUGGCGGAUUUUGUGUCUUUUCCACUGAUGUAAUUCCUGUUUCCUUUACUUGCGGAUCACAAACAUCCGUAUUCAUCGGUGUAUGCAUCUUAAAGGCCCCAUUCCAUUUGAAACUAUAUACAAAAGGGAAUCUUCUUAACCACUUAAGGACCAAACUUCUG